AUGGAAAGACAUCUUUAUACGACGACGUUUCUUCACUUAGUCACCUUACUCUUCAUUUUCCGGACAAUCUCAGCCGUCCGAUUCCCUCCGGGACCAACACCAACCAACGACCUAGAUUUCAUCCGCACGAGCUGCAACGCAACGCUUUACCCUGACGUGUGUUACACGUCACUAGCUGGCUACGCCUCCUCCGUACAAGAUAAUCCGGCGAGACUAGCUAAGCUAGCAAUCGGCGUUUCUCUCUCCCGCGCAAAAUACACGGCGAGUUACCUCUCCAAACUCUCACGCGCCUCCGCCUCCGCUGCCGUCCGAGACUGCGUUUCGAACGUCGGAGACGCCGUGGAACAGAUGCGUGGCUCACUCCGGCAGCUACGAGAGAUGAACCACCGUCGUCCCGGAGCUCCGGCGUUUAGGUUUCAGAUGAGUAACGUGCAAACGUGGAUGAGCGCGGCGUUGACGGACGAGGAGACUUGUACGGAUGGGAUCACGGAGGAGAUGGAAGACGGAGAGACGAAGACGGCGGUAUGCGAGAGAGUCGCCGAUGUCAAGAGGUUCACGAGUAAUGCACUUGCUCUCGUUAACACUUACGCUAAUAAUGGAGCCUAG